CUGCAGGCUCAGCCUCGGCAUCAGGACAGCAUGAAGACGGUGGUGGUUUUCACUGCGUUGGCCUUGUUCUGGCAGCACAGUCUGGUUACUGGGCACGCACUGGGACGGCCCUCGCUUCCCAGUAACCUGGACCAGUUAAAGUCGCUGCUGGAGCGGAUCGAGGAGACUCUGGCUGACGGAGCUCAGGAGGAGUCGGAUUACGAGGAGCCGACCCGGGAAGCCGAACCGAGCCGGGACGGGAGCCCGGAGCAGCAGAACCGGCCGUCGGAGGCGAGUCAGCGGAACCGGCUGAACGACCUGCUGCUGAGCCUCAGGAAGCGGGCCUCCAGCUGCUUCGGCGCACGCAUGGACCGGAUAGGAAACAUCAGCGGCCUGGGAUGCAACAGCGGCAGAGGGUAGCCGGAUGGAUAGUUGGAUUAUUAUGAGCCUGAAGCCAUGAUUCUGUCAUCCUGCUCCGGUGAAAAUUGAUUAUUGAUCAUGUAAAUAUGAGCGGUUCACCAGUGGUGUGUCGUUUUUACUCUGUGUGUCGUUUUCUAACACAAACGUAAAAUUAAAGGUAAAAAGAAAGAAAAAUACUUGUAUAUAUAUAUAUAUAUAUAUAUAUAUACUGUAUAUCCAUCCAUUUUCUAACACCCUGGUCCCUAGAGGGGUCGGGAGGUUGCUGGUGCCUCUCCAGCAAACGUUUUGGGCGAGAGGCGGGGUCACCUGGACGGGUCACCUGGACGGGUCACCAGUCUGUCGCAGGACAGACUGGACAAACAACCAAACACACUCGGAGAAUUUAGAGAGACCAAUUUACCUAACAGUCAUGUUUUUGGACUGUGGGAGGAAGAGAGAAC